AUGUCCACUAAUGAAGCUGCCUUGAUGGGCACUGAUAGGUUGCACUGAUAGGCAGCGCUAAUGGGUACUGAUGAGGAGGCACUGGGAUCAGAGGCGGACUGACAACUCAUGGGGCCCCCCGGGCAAUUGGGGAUCAUGGGGCCCCUGUGUCCUUGCCCACACUCAAAUCACACCCAAAAAAGCCUAUAAAAGGUACCAGGGGCAUUUUAUGGGGCCUCCUACUGACCCCGGGCCCUCGGGCGGUGCCCGAGUGCUCGGAUGGUCAGUCCGCCUCUGG